AUGCCGUUUGGGUUAAAAAAUGCGGGAGCUACUUAUCAAAGGCUGAUGGAUCGAAUCUUAGCACCCAUGUUGGGAAGAAAUGUUCAUGCGUAUGUGGACGAUAUGGUGGUCACUUCGGUGGAAGAGAAGAAGCAUAAGGAAGAUCUGGAGGAAUUGUUUGUUACAAUCAGCAAAUACAGACUUAAGCUUAAUCCCGAGAAGUGUGUUUUCGGGGUUAAAGCUGGAAAGUUUUUGGGUUUUCUACUUACCGAGAGGGGGAUAGAAGCUAAUCCUGAUAAAUGUGCAGCCAUUAUAAAUAUGAGGAGUCCUAGUAAUGUAAAAGAGGUACAAAGACUGACGGGAAGGAUGGCAGCCUUGUCCCGUUUUCUUGCCAAAAGUGGGGAUCGGGGUCUUCCUUACUUUCAAUGUUUGAAGAAGAAUGAACGGUUCCAAUGGACUUAUCGGUGUGAGGAAGCAUUCCAAAAAUUGAAGGAGUAUUUGAGCAAGCCGCCGGUGUUAUGUAAGCCGGAAAAAGGGGCUGAGUUGUCAUUGUACAUAUCGGUAACCGAACACGCUGUUAGUUCGGUCUUAGUCAAAGAAAGUGGUGGGGAGCAGAAGCCGGUAUAUUUCGUAAGCAAAGUGCUCCAUGGUGCCGAGGUGAGGUAUCCCACUAUAGAGAAAGCUGCAUUGGCCGUGGUGGUGUCUACUCGGCGUUUGAGACAUUAUUUUCAGAAUCAUAGUAUCAAGGUGAUGACGGAUCUUCCCAUUAGGUACAUCUUACAAAAACCUGAUAUAUCGGGCAGGUUGGUUAAAUGGGCAAUAGAGCUGUCGGAGUAUGGGAUACAGUAUGAGUCGCGAGGAACGAUCAAGGCCCAGUUUUUAGCUGAUUUUGUGGUGGAAUUGUCUGAGCCACCUGUUGAGAAUCAGGGCGUAGGGGAGAUAAUGUGGAUACUAUCAGUGGAUGGGGCUUCUAAUUUAAGGGGUAGCGGUGCUGGUAUAGUUUUGGAAGGACCAGAAGGGGUAUUAAUCGAACAGUCGUUGAGGUUUGCUUUCAAAGCCAGUAAUAAUCAAGCGGAAUAUGAGGCUUUGAUAGCUGGUAUGCUUUUGGCUAAAGAGAUGGGGAUUACUAGAUUGUUGGUUAAAAGUGAUUCCGCAAUGGUGGCAGGUCAGAAUUCCCGAGCUGAUUUGUUAUCCAAGUUGGCUAGUUGUUCGAAACCGGGGCAGCAUAAGUCAGUGAUAAGGGAAACACUAAUAGCUCCUCGGGUCGACACGCAGGAAAAGCAUCAAGUGCUGGAGAUUUUGGCAACCGAAGAAUCUUGGAUGGCACCUUUUAAGAGUUAUCUUGCAGAUGGUAAAUUACCUGAGGAUUCCAAUGAAUCACAGAAAGUAAAGAAAAACUCAAGCAGGUAUACGCUGAUAGAUGGUCACUUAUUUAGGUAUGGAUAUUCCAGACCUUUGAUGAUUUGUGUAAGAAGGAGGGAGGCAGAUCGGCUUAUGGCCGAGCUUCAUGAGGGAAUCUGUGGGAGCCAUAAACAUGCCGAUUGGAGUCAUGCUCCGCCAGAGGUACUGCACUCUAUUAAUACACCUUGGCCUUUUCACACUUGGGGAAUAGAUAUUUUGGGUCCGUUUCCCAAAGCGGUGAGGCAAUUCAAGUUUUUGAUCGUGGCUGUAGAAUAUUUUACAAAGUGGAUUGAAGCCGAGCCGGUUGCUGUCAUCUCGGGUGGGCGAAUUCGAGAGUUUAUUUGGAAGAAUAUAAUAUGUCGAUUUGGUGUGCCACGUCGAAUUAUUUCAGACAAUGGAACUCAGUUUGCAUGCUCACAGGUGAAGCAGUUGUGCGCUGAAGUCGGGAUUAAACAGGUCUUCUCAUCGGUGGAGCAUCCCCAGACAAAUGGGCAGGCGGAAGCAGCUAAUAGGGUGAUAUUGAGGGGAUUGAAGCGAAGACUGGCGGCGGCAGAGGGAGAAUGGCCAAAUGAGAUACCUCGAGUGCUGUAG